AUGGUUGGAGUCCGUGGUAAGUAUAAGGGGUGCGAGACAUGCAGGGCUCGGAGAGUUAAGUGCGACAACGAGCGACCCUACUGUCGGAAAUGUAUCGACAGCGGCCGUGAGUGCGCUGGGUACGAGCGUGAAAUGGUUUUCAUCACUGCAACCAUUGAUGACGGUGGUCGCUGUUCAUCUCACCCCCCGCGCCAGGUACAUUCGUCCAAAAAGUCUCCGAAGUCCAAGGCUGCGGAGGAAACGGUCCCUCGUCUCGUACCAACCGAACCACUAGCACCGGCGUGGGACGACUUGAUUACCUUGACCGAGAAUGGCGCCGUAUACGCCGUGCAGAUUGCGGCUCUGCAUACCAAACUCCAGAACGUCAUGCGCGGAUAUGAAGCCCAAAGUCGCAACAAGUUCCCUAUCACGUUCCCGCCUUACUUGCCGGUUGACUUGGAGACUUGGGAUAACGGCAACGAGGUGGAUAUGGCUGCCCAGAGUAUGAUCAGCCUUCUGCCAGCUGGAAACGAGAGCGGGCCACCGGAUGGUAUUUGCACCUUCCUAUUCGAGCAAAACCCGUCUUUCUUAGUGACAAACGGUAUUACACCCUGGGGUGUUCCUCAGGAAAACCAGGAUGCUGUGAAGAAACUCGGUCCAGAACAGUUUUGCCAGUUCCCCGCGCAUCAUUUCUUUGUCAGGGUUUAUAGAUGUAGUGCUAUUACUCUCGCCCUCUUCUAUAGGAAAGCGACGUUCCUAUCAUCUUUCGAUUGGUGCACUAUUCCCUGGGAGCGGCACCCCAAGACCUUUUUCGACAGACUUUUCGACGUCAUUGUCCCUCUACCCGGAAUAUUCGCAAAAGUCGACCGCACCAUCCCUUUGGCAGCAACUUUGCAACGCCGUUUGAAGGCCCAGGAGUUAUUGAACAACUGUUUACAGGUUGAACAACAGCUUGAGGGGUGGCAUGCCUAUGCUCGAGCGCCGACGCCUGAGCAUCCUUAUACGUACUGGAUUGAGGAAUCAGACGAUCAAGUCGCGCAACAAGUGCCUUUCGCCGACCCUUUCGCUGACAGUCUUGCCUUCAAAGACGGCGUUUCCUCCGUCAUGUUCCUGCAUUACUGGAUGACGUUGAUACUCCUCCAUCGCUGUAUAGAAACCCUGCACCACGCAAUCUUCCAGCCUGUGAUCGAGGAUUUUCCGAACAUGUAUCCUGAUCUGCCACACCACUUGCAGAUCAACUUAGCAAGUUACCAGCAGCGGCGGGAAUUCGCAGCUAGGAUAUGCCGAGCAUUGGACUUCGCCCUCAGCACCACUGUCCAGCCGGACCUACUCAUUGCGCCUUUUACCGUGGCGAUGGAGUUUUAUCGUGAACUCAAUGCGUCCUCGAGGGACGGGGAGCUGGAGAUUAUGUGGUGCGAAAGUUUCAGACUGAGACUGAUUUCAAAAGGCCAAGAUAUUGCCAACGUCCUCCAUAGCCGGCAAUGGUACGACGUUGGCAAGUUUUAA